UUGCCAAAGAAUAUAAUCUCACCGACAUUAAGAUGGUUCAUGAAAUACUUGGUUGAGUUUAAUAAAAGAUGAAAUACUUAGUUAAGUUUUUUUUUUAAAGAUGAAAACUAGACUAGAGUCACAAAACACUCUUUUCUUUCAAUCAUUUUAUUUUCAUUUCCAAGCUAAAUGUUACACAAAUAAAAGUACACAACAUAAAAAUAACUCUGCAAACAACAAAGCAACCUUUAAACCCCAAAUAUUUCUUUUAUUCCGAAGGUUUUACAACCGGAAGUGGACCUUUCCAAACAGGUCCCGCCUCCCGCCGCUCACCUGAGAGACUCACCUGCGGUACCUGCAGUACCUGGGAGAGCAGCAGCCGAGCAGCAGCGACCGGCGGCCGGGUAGAGGAGGCAUGGCGGGGUCCCAGCUGAUGUGCAUGGAGGACGACCACGUGAACGAGAAGGUCCCGGAGACCCGGCCGAGCUUCUACUACAGCGAGGAGCAGCGCGCGGCCCUGGAGCAGCUCCUGCGCGGCGGGGACGGCGCGUUCAAGAUGCGCCUCAAGGAGGACAACGUCAAGGACUUCCUCUCGGCGGGGGAGAUCGGAGUCCUGCGCGAGACGUUCCGGGAGUACGAGACGGACAGCGACUCCGAGUCCGGGGAGCACGAGCGGGCCAAGGAGUCCCCCAGCGCGGACUCCGGGGUCCACUCCACCUACUGGCCCGAGAUGUCCGACAUCGAGGUGCCGCCCCUGGACAUCGGCUGGCCUGGCAGCUGCGGGCUCUACAGAGGGGUGACCCGGGUGGCCAUGUACUCGCACCCCCCCAAGGAGUCCGGGCCCCACAUCAAGGAGGUGGUGAGGGGGCUCAUACAGGAGUCCCACAAGCUGGUAGCCAUAGUCAUGGACCUCCUGACGGACCUGCAGAUCCUCCAGGACCUGCUGGACGCCACGGCGCGGCGCGGGGUGGCGGUCUACGCUCUGCUGGAGGCGCGGGGCGUGCCCCACUUCCUGGACAUGUGCACGCGGCUGCAGAUCAACGCAGUGCAUCUGAGGAACCUCCGGGUGCGGAUGGUGAAAGGUUCGGGGCUGGCGCUGUCCUUUGGGAAGCUGCCCGGGUCGCUGUGCUCCAAGUACAUGCUGGUCGACGGGGAGAAAGUCAUGUUUGGGUCUUACAGCUUCACCUGGAGCUCCUCCCGGAUGGACCGCAACACCAUCACCGUGAUGUCGGGCCAGAUCGUGGACUCCUUCGACAACGACUUCCGGGAGCUGUACGCCGUGUCCGACCCGGUGGACCUCUACGGCGAGUUCAACGUCCCCCGGCCGCCGAUCGCGGCGCCCGUCCGGAAGCUGGAGCGAGUCCACACGAUGCCCGUCUCCACGUCGCGCUUCCAGGCGACCGCCGGCGACCCCCGGCAGGGCGACGUCAAGGUGCCGGCGCACAAGUACCACAACCCCAAGUAUUCGCUGGUGUUCGGGAACAACACGGGCCACAGGGGGUCCGUGCAGGACCUCUCCUCCACCGCCGCCGCCACGGGCGGCUCGCUGGUCGGCGGCGGGACGCACGCGAGGAACGGCCUCCCGCAGAACCACGCCCCGCAGAACCACAAGGUGGACCACGCCCCCCCAAAGAGUCCCGGCGCGCCCGCGGAGGACGAAGACGCGGACGGGAAGGGCGACUCGAAGAAGAACCACCAGCUCUUCGGCGCCAAGAAACAAAUCAACUCCUUCAGGCACUUCUUGAAGUCCAGAGGGCCCACGGAGACUUUGGUGGAGGGCGUGGUCACCCCGCAGAGCCCCGCCCCCGUCUACAAGGCGGCGGAGACCAAUGGCGUCGCGGCGACCGAGGAGGAGGACUCGUUCAACGUCGUCGAGACGCCGAAACCCAAAACCAAGAAGCCCUCCAACCUCCUCCAGAGGAGCAUGUCUCUGCAGGUCAUCAACACCGGAGACGACGACGGGUCUAAAGGCCGCCGGCGGCACCAGAAGAAGAACUGCAUCCAGUCGUGAGGCCACGCCCUCGAGGGACACUCGUAAAGCCCCGGCGUCCCGUCACUUGAGACCCGGUGACGCCCCGUUGCACUAUGGGUAAUUGGUCCUCGCUGUGGAGUCGACCGCCGAAGAAGACGCCGUCAUUUAAAACUAAUGACGCAGGAGAAAAAAAAGUCCAGAGGAACUCAACGCUGAAGCCAAAAGUCCUGCCGCAGGGAUGUCCCCCCCGCAGGUGUUUUCUAUAUAUAUUUUUUUUAAUUAAAUGAAUGCACCUGAUAGUUUUUUUAAAUAUUCCAUACUCGACCCUGAACGCCACAGCGUCACCCGAGGCUGCGUACGGGGGUGGGGGGGGAGAGAGAGGGGGGCGGGUGGUUACAUCACACCUGGUUGCUAUGGAGACAGGAGAAGAAUUGAGAUGUCCUGCCCCCCCGAGUGUCGUCUUGCAGGAGACCCUCGGUAUUGAGUGCUGCUCAGCCUGUGAAUAAUGUACGCCGAUACGUCUGCGUUUUGUGCGUCUGCACUUUGUCUUUGUUUGUUUGUUCAGGAGGAAAACGGACUGAGUUUAAAAUGUGAAUCCCUGAGAACCACUUGAGAUGUAAAUGAUCUUCUGUAGCAGAAAAUGCAUAAAAGACGUCAAAAUA